AUGUUUUAUAAAUUUCAAAAUCGAAAAUUCGAAAUUUUCGGUAUACUACUGCAUGGUGCAACCGCUGCAGAAGCCUUUAAAGAAUUUACACGUCGCUUUGGUAAUAUUUUUCAAUUCUGGCUUGGCCCUUCACGUCUGAUUAUUGUAGGCGGCACUGGCGACGUACAGCAUAUAUAUACUCAUCGACAUAUCUACGAGCAGGGUGAUGCAUUUGUCAAAAAGUUUGGUAUUCUUAUUCCCAAUGCGAUAAUUAACAUCAAAGGUUCCACCUUCAAACGACAUGCCUCACUAACUAUGCCCUUGUUUCGCCAUACACACGAAUUAGCUCAAAGUUCCACGUCGACUGUACAACGGAAAAGAACAUCAUUAAUUGCAUCACUUGUAUGCUCAUUACAACAAGAUGAACAAGCAGAAAUAAAGAAAAUUGAAGAUAAGAAGAAAGGUUUGUCUCGAAGUGAACUGUUGGAUGAGAUGCUGUUCUUUCUGAUCGUCGGAUCUGAAUCAGUAUCCAGCGCUUUAUCUUGGUUCAUUUAUCAUAUGAGCAAACAUCCGCAAGUGCAGCAGAAGAUCAAGGCAGAAUUGAUGGAUGGUGAUGAUUAUAAAGGACCGUUAUCAUUAGAUCGUCUUGAUUCACUUGUCUAUUUGGAUGCUGUUAUUAACGAAGUACUACGCUUUACUCCAAUCUCCGAUGGAACCUUUCGCACAUUAACCGUCGAUGAUCGUCUGCCCGAGAGUGGCGUUCAACUAUACAAAGGUGAUCAAGUGUAUAUUUCCAUUCAUAAUCUUGCACAAGAUCCUCAGAACUGGUCAAUCGAUCCCGAAAUUUUCUAUCCGGAGAGAUUCUUGAAAGGAGGCAAGCCUCUUCAUCCCUAUGCAUUCAUUCCCUUUGGUAGUGGACAUCGUCAAUGUAUUGGACAAGAUUUAGCUCGAUUUGAGUUCAAGGUAAUCGCAGCAAGGUUGAUGCAAUAUGUCACUUUUCAUGAUGGUGGCCCUCAAGUUAACACGGGUGGACAAGUACAAACCAUUACCAUUAUGCCAAAACAUAUCGGCGUUAGUAUUACAUUCGACUGA